AGUAUCGAAACUACGUAGCAAGUGCGAAGUAAGCAAGAGUAAUCAAAAAUAUUAUCGCGAAGAAUUCGUACAGUAUCGAAAUAAGGUAUUUAAGUGAAAUGGAUCGUGUUUUGCUUACUGUAAACCAAAAAUUAUUUGAAAUGAACCGGUACAAAGAGCACUGUGUCAAAUUUAAGACAUUCACCACCGACGAACAAAGGAUUAUAUAUACGUUUAAUCUUAUCCAAGAAUUGGGUAUUCGACCAGAGUCAACAUAUUUCAAAAAGGAUGCGGCAUAUUCUAGAUUCGUCAGAGAAGUAGGCAAUGAAGUAUUUACUGCAGGUCCUGCCGAUGGUUUACGGUAUAUGACUGCCCUGAAAGCUUACUCGGAGAGCAUCGCUUUUGCCCCUCUUAGAUCAAAGGAGCUCGCUCUGGCUUAUGCCAAUAGGUCCGCAGUUCUGUUACGAUUUAAGAAAUAUAAGGAAUGUCUGGGAGAUAUCGACAGAGCUUUGAGUCUUGAUUACCCUGAUAAUUUAAAGCGGAAGCUGUUACUGCGCAAAAGAAUGUGUCGUAAGGCUCUCGGAGAGCCAGAAUGUGAAAAAAUGUUUAAGAAAGCUGGCCGAUCGACAAAGAAAGGUUCAACAAAGGAGCAUACAAAAGCCAUUCCUGAAAAUUUAGCUCAAACGAACGGACAGAAUGAAACACAAAGACAGGUGGAAGAAACAGAAUACCCUCUUCCAAAGAUUACCUCCUGUAAUCCUGAAAUUCCUUUUGCCUGUGAUGCCAUAACAAUUGAAUAUGACGAUACUUUUGGGAGGCAUCUUGUAGCUACGCGAGACAUAAAACCUGGAGAAAUCCUUUUCGUUGAAAAACCGUAUGCUUUCAUGUUGAGACCGGAUAAUACGUAUACACAUUGUGCCAAAUGUUUAAACGUUGCUUGGGACAGCAUUCCAUGUGAUCAUUGCGUUCACGUAGUGUUUUGUUCCGAAAAGUGCAAGAAAGAAGCAUUUAAAGAGUUCCAUGACAUCGAAUGUUCCGUAAUUAGUCUUUUGUUGAAUCUAGAAAUGGACAUACUCAGCUUUCUGGGUAUGAGGCUCGCUAUAAUUGCCAUGAAGAAAAUGGGCAAUUCAGAGGCAUUGCGAAAAGAGUUUGAGAUUGUCGAUAACUGGAAAGAUCCUCGAACACGUGGGUACUCAGAUGAUGGAAAAUUUAAUGGUGAAGAUUACCGCACUGUGUACAGCGCACCAACUAAUACUGAUAAGAUGCCUGUGGAAGAUCUCUUUCGCAGAGCUUUAUGUACAACAUACAUUCUCUUUUUUUUGGCAACGAGGACUAUGAUGUUUGGAAAGAAGUUGGGAGCGAACCUUCUAGCCCUUGCGAAGAACCCGGAACUUACCUUUGUUGGUGGAAUGAUAUUCCGUCACCUACUAAUAGGUCCUCGCAAUGUUCGUACGUUCCGAGAAGAACAAGAGUGUGGAGAUGUUUGGCGUGGUGCAGUCUUUGUACCAUUUACCAGCCUUUGUCUUCACAGUUGCGAUCCCAAUGUCACUCGGCAGUCUAUAAAGCAGCAUGUGGUUGUUUAUGCUCUUCAACCAAUUAAAAAAGGUGGUCAGUUGUUCAGUAACUAUGUGCCUUUCUUCGGUAUUAUGAAAAAGGAUGCUAGGCAGAAGAGACUCAAAGAACUGUUUUACUACGAGUGCAAAUGUCGACCAUGCAACGAGAAUUGGCCUACGCAUUUAGAACUGCCAUCGUAUACGCACUGGGUCACUUCUUCGCGUGAAAUGGAAAAAAUCGAGGAAGCUCUCCGAAAUUUUGAUCGAUACUGGCAUCUGGUAGCAGUAGGGGAUAUUAAAAAGGAACCUAACCUGUUAAAGUAUAUGUUCAAGGUGGUCGAGGUCUUGUCUGAAAGUGUACCUCUGCCGUGUAUAGAAAUGAUCGACGCCAUUAAGGCAAUUACAUACAUCGAAGCAUUACAAGGAAACACUUUUUUCAUACCAGACAUUUAAAGGUCUGCCACCGUGAGCGUUUUGUAAGUUUUAUGUGGAUUCAGAAAUCCUACCGAAAGUAUUUUUAGAACGACUGAGUUGAAUAUGUUUCUUAAGGUCAUAUGAAAGUGUCAUAUAUACAUACAAAAAAAUCAAAAUAUUUAUAAAACUUUUCAUCAAAUUGGGU